AUGGCGACGCUGCCGCCCGUCCGUUCAGAAAAGGAUUUUAUAGAUGAAGCCGAAGAGAAACUUCUAGAAAGGAAUGAAGUGAAGAUAGUGCCUGGUGAUCGGGAGGAGACCGGCUUAGUGUCUAUAAAGUCUUCGAAAAAGGUGAAGCUCCCAGAAGAUGAAGGCGGCACAGUGGGUGGCAGGUUCACCAUUGGUCCGGCACCAGAGCGGGACUGGGAGAUGGUGCCGCCGGAUGGAAAGUGGGGGUGGUGUGUUCUCGUAGGGGCAACAUUAGUGAAUAUUCUUAUACCGGGAACGAUUAAGUCGUUUGGGGUGUUGCUAGUUGAGUUCAACGAUGUGUUUCAGUCUUCCGCCUCGGCAUUAUCGGGUAUCGUCGCUUUAUGCUACUUCCUGUACAGUAGCUUAGGUCCAAUAUCGUCCAUCCUAUCAGUUAGAUGGUCGUACAGGACCGUCACGUUGAUAGGCGGUUGUUUCGCCGCGUUCGGAAUGAUAUUCAGUAGUUGGGCGUUUUCUAUAGGUUAUUUGUAUUUCAGUUUCGGUGCGAUGGUGGGCACAGGUGCAGGCCUGGCCUUUCCACCGACCGUGUAUAUAGUGACAUCAUACUUCGUCCGUUUAAGAGGUCUCGCAAACGGCAUAUGCAUGUCCGGUUCCGCCUUCGGCAGUAUAAUACUGCCGCCGGUCCUGAGGUAUCUAUUGGAGACUUAUGGGUAUAAGGGAGCGGUUUUAAUACUCGGCGGCAUUAUGCUCAAUGUAUGGGCUGCAGCAUUACUCUUUCAGCCCGUUGAAGAGCAUAUGGUGAAGAAGUAUAAAGAAGUAGAAGACGAUGAGGAUGGACCGCAGGAUGACAUUUUGUUUGAAGAAGAGGAACCAAUCGAUGCAUUUGACAUGACUAAUAUAGUGACAGACAAACAGAAUGGAAUGCCAGAAGGCCAAAAGGAGAUAGUGCCCCAUCUAUCACAGGCAUAUAUACAUAAUAGCCAAAAUUGCAUGAACUCAACAUCGAACCUACGAUAUAACGCGUCUAAACGCAAGCUUUCCAAUGCUAGACCGAUGACCAAAAGUAAUCUUAGUUCGGCGUCAAUAGGCAAAUUGGGGUCGCAGGAAACUUUUGGCAGACGUUUGAGCGUAGUCGGGCCAAAAAGAAACAUGUCCACGUCUAGUUUUGCAUACGUUUCCACUACUAUCCACGGUUCAACCCUAUCAGCUUUUGAACGGCCAAAUGAGUUCGCAUCACAGUUCUCACUCAAAUCGGUCACGGAGAGUGUUGCUGAUGUCGCAUAUUGUUGUUUCUGCUGCAAACGGAAAGUGAAAAAGGAGAGUAAUAAGUUUUUUGACGUAUCUCUCCUAAGUGAUCCGACUUAUUUGGUCAUUUUGAUUUCAAGUAGCACAGUAGCUAUCUCGUGCACGAAUUUCAUUAUUUUGUUGCCAUCUCAUGCUCAAAAUAUAGGUUUUGAUAAAGCAAGAGGUGCCUACUUACUCAGUACUGUAUCUGCACUGGACUUAGUAGGACGUAUAGGGGGUUCGGCAUUAUGCGACCUAAAUUUUAUGCCAAAAACCUUCUUUUUCGUAGGUGGCUUACUUUUAUCGGGUGUUAGCUUAGUUAUAAUACCAUUUUUAGAAUCUUACACGACUCUUAGUGUUUUUUGUGCGUUUUUUGGACUCACGUCGGGGGUUAAUAAUAGUGUAACGACUUUGGUAAUGGCCGAGAUUUUAGGGGUUGAUAGGUUGAUGUCGACUUAUGGGAUAAGUUUAUUCGUCAAUGGUUUUUUGCAGUUAAUUGGACCGCCUCUAUGUGGUCUAUGGUACGAACAUGAUAAAAAUUUUAUAAACAUGUUUGUGACAUUCGGUAUAAUUUUUAUUGGUGGCGCAUCCCUUUGGCUGCUAAUGCCCAUAAUAAAUAGACACAAAAAGAAAAAAUUGAAUGCGCUGGCGCAGAAAGCAAUGGAAACUUCCAUUAGCAAUAGUGAAGACCAACUUCAAAUGACACAAAAAAUACAUAUCAUAGACUAUAAAAAUAUACAGUUGGAACCAUUCAUCGAGGAAGAUCCGAACGAGUUAGACGAGACCAACCCUAGAGUUAUAUUAAAUCCCGAGGAAAAUACAGACAAAUACCACAAUGGAUCACCUCCAAUUAACAAGCAGCGUUCAACAGCAAAUUUUGACGAGAAAUCACCAAAUUUCGCCAGAUCAGCAAGUGCGGCCCUCGUUUCCCAUAUCGAGAGCACGCGUACACGAAAAAUAUCGACACCCUCUAAACAUGGUCUCCAGCACAUCUCUAGCAAAAUAUCAAAUCAUUUACCAAGCAACCCUUCAUUGUUAGAAUCUGUUCCUGAAGGGAAGACUAGUAGAGUUAAUUCUACUGAAGCGUUUGGCAAAAAAUUGGCAGUCCCUAAAACUCCCAAAAGGAGUCCUUCGACAUCAAGUUUUCAAUAUAUGUCUACUCCAUUCCACGGUUCUACUUUAUCAGCUUUCGAGAAACCAAGCGAAUUUGCGUCGCAAUUCAGUCUGAAAUCUGUCACAGACAGUCUAGCGCCCAUCACUUAUUGUUGUGGAUGCAAAAAGUCCAAAGACGAUGGCGCUAAAAAAGAACCAAAUAAGUACUUUGAUAUUCAAUUAUUAAAAGAUCCGAUUUAUUUGGUAAUACUAAUUUCUAAUUGCACAUCUGCUAUAUCCUAUACGAAUUUCAUAAUAUUAGUCCCAUCGUACGCCCAAGAAUGUGGGUUCGAUAAAUCGCUUGGUGCGUAUUUGUUAUCGAUUAUUUCAGCUCUUGAUUUAGUUGGACGAAUCGGUGGCUCUGCACUAUCGGAUGUAGUGACGACCCCUAAACGGUAUUUCUUUAUCACCGGUCUUUUGUUAUCUGGGAUUAGUUUGUCGUUGAUUCCUCUAGUGUCGACAUAUUCUGCGAUAAGUGCGUUUUGUUGUAUAUUCGGUCUCGCGUCCGGUAUUAAUGUUGGUGUCACAGCACUAGUUAUGACGGAAAUGCUUGGGACGGAACGUCUAAUGUCGUCGUAUGGGAUCAGUUUAUUUAUGAACGGCUUGAUGCAAUUGGCCGGCCCACCCAUAUGCGGUGUUUGGUUCGAACAUACGAAAUCGUAUAAACCCUUGUUUGUAACUUUCGGUUUUGUUCUCAUGUUUGGGGCAGCUCUAUGGGGAUUCGUUCCUUUUAUACACAGACGACGGAAACGGGCACAAAAAAUAAAAAAUGGCGUUAAUAAAGCG